ACCACCCAGCUCAGCAACCAGAGCAGCAGCUUGGGUAGGGAAAGGAGAACAGGCAGCUUUCAAACUGCUGCAAGCUUGGACUCUCUCAUCCUGGCUGGGAAACAUGGGAGGCUCUCUGUCCUUACUGAGGGAGAAGAAGGGGCCACCGGGGGAUGCCCCUGAAACGUGUCAGUGCUAUUCUCAGCAUCUGGGCUUUCUGCAAGUCAUCUAAAGCAAGGUCCUCCUGCUGAAAUCCUUCCCUCCCCUAAAGGAUCCUGACCUGGGAUUUAUGCUGGUUUUCUGCCUCGGCUCUUGCUACACAGCUCCACUCCUCCUCAAUGCCCAUUCUGGUUAACUUUCCCCUGCGUGGGUUUUGUACUCUUAUGUUUUGCCUGGAUAUUGCCAAACGGACCCGGCUCAUCUCAGUCCCUUUCUUGCUUUUGGAUGUGCUCGUCCUCCCGGAUUCAACCCGCCUCGGUGCUGAUUUUGGGGCUGCUUAGAAAAUGUUGCUUCUGUUCACAAGAACUGUGUAUGCAUCCGUGUAACCAAGGAGGCUCUUUGAGGAGAAGGGGGACAGGAGCCUUACGGAAAUCUCGGAUGUGAGUGAGAGUCCUGCCCCAACUUGUGGUUGGCUUGUAUAAAAGUACCAUGGCCUUGAGUGGAAACUGCAGGACUUACCUCCCUCCUCGAGAACAAGCGGCCGCUCCACCGUCCUUCCCAGAGGUGAUAGAACUGAAUGUGGGCGGCCAGGUUUACUUCACUCGUCACUCAACUUUAACUGGCAUCCCCCACUCCCUGCUUUGGAAAAUGUUCACCUCGAAGAAAGAGGCAGCCACUGACCUAGCAAAGGAUUCCAAGGGGAGGAUUUUCAUCGACAGAGAUGGCUUCCUGUUCCGCUACAUCCUGGACUAUCUCAGGGACAAGCAGGUGGUCCUGCCUGACCAUUUCCCAGAGCGAGGAAGGCUCAAGAGGGAAGCCGAGUACUUUCAACUCCCGGACUUGGUCAAACUCCUGACUCCUGAUGAGGUCAAGCAAAGUCCUGAUGACUAUUGCCAUAGUGAUUACGAGGAGGUUUCCCAAAGCAGCGACACAAGAAUAUGCCCCCCAUCAUCACUCAUGCCCUCGGAUCGAAAGUGGGGCUUCAUCACCAUUGGCUACAGAGGGUCAUGCACCAUGGGCAGAGAGACCCAAGCAGAUGCCAAGUUCAGGAGAGUCCCAAGGAUUUUGGUUUGUGGCAGGAUUGCUCUAGUCAAAGAAGUUUUUGGAGAAAGUUUGAAUGAGAGCAGAGACCCCGACCGGGCUCCUGACAGAUACACCUCCAGGUUCUACCUGAAGUUCAGACACCUGGAGAGGGCUUUUGAUAUGUUGUCAGAAUGUGGAUUCCACAUGGUCGCCUGUAAUUCCUCUGUGACAGCUUCUUUUGUCAAUCAAUAUACUGACGACAAAGUUUGGUCCAACUACACGGAAUACGUCUUUUAUCGUGAGCCUUCAAGAUGGUCCUCAUCACACUGUGACUGCUGCUGCAAAAAUGGCAAAGGCGAUAAAGAAGGCGAAAGCGGCACGUCCUGCAAUGAACUCUCCACCUCUAGUUGCGACAGCCAGUCGGAAGCCAGCUCCCCUCAAGAGACUGUCAUCUGUGGCCCCGUCACCCGCCAGUCCAAUAUACAGACUCUGGAUCGACCAAUCAAGAAAGGCCCGGUGCAGCUACUCCAGCAAUCUGAUAUCCGGAGGAAAAGCGACCUGCUCCGAACUCUAACAUCCGGCUCUAGGGAAUCCAACUCUAGUAAAAAAAAAGCGGUGAAAGAGAAGCUCUCCAUUGAGGAAGAAUUAGAAAAAUGCAUCCAGGAUUUCCUCAAAAUCAAAAUCCCAGACAGGUUUCCAGAAAGGAAACACCCUUGGCAGUCUGAACUGUUACGAAAGUAUCAUCUAUAGGAG